UGUUCAUAGAAGUCGUAAUUCGUUCUCGACUUUUAACCCUUCUCGUUUUUCAUCGUCUCCCAAUUUCAGAGUCCUGACUGCUUAAAACCAUUUUAAUUACCUGCAUUAGUUUUUAAUUUAAGUAAUUUCUUAUUUCAAACUAAAUGACCAUGAGUAAUUCGGAAGAUUUUACCCCGCUGCUUCUAAGGCUAAAAGAACCCGACUUCAUCCCAACUCUCGUUUUUGAAAAACGUUUUGUGGAGCUCUUUUGCAACAAAUUAAAUCAAAUCUUCGAGGCGAGAUCAUCUGGAAAGUCUAAUCACUCAAUAGCAACCAUAAGUGAUAGACUGGAUUGUGUCCUUUUAAUUGCCGAAAAAGACAAACAAUUCAUCCCUCUCUUUGGAACAAGUGAUUCCUUGUGUGGUCAAAUUACUAACAGCCUAAGAAGUGAAUUGAUUGAGAGCCAAUCUUUGGUACCUCUACAUAUUAAGGUGUUACAUUUCAUCAGUCUUAUUCUUCAACACAUUCCAACUAAAAAAUCAACAUUUGUAUCACUUGGUCUCCAUAGAUUGCUGCUGUUGAAACCUGCAGUUUUAAACCAUGACCUCAUCAUGUGGAGAAUUGAUAUUUUGGAUAAGCUGUGUGAUGUACCUAUUGCUUUGCAAGACAUUUCUUCUGUUAAUGCAUUAGAAUUGCUUUUCUGUUUCUUGGGAUGUUUUAUUGAAAAUAAUGAAUCUGGUUGCAAUCUUAAUGAUAUUGAUCUUUUAAAAUCAUUGUUGAGCCUCAUUUGCAAAAUCACCAAUGAUGUUUCAUUGCAUAAUAGCAAUCACUUAAGAAAGUUUGAUGAAGUUUUUCUACAAUUGGCUCGUGUGUAUCCCGAAUUAGAAGAGGUCAUUCAAGGAGUUUAUAAGCUAGUUUGUGAAGCUAUGCUCUCCUCUUCUAGACCCUCGACGAAGUCAACUAAAAAGUCGUGUUUUAGUGUAACACAUUCAAGGAUUUCCAAGCAACGACCGAACGUUUUCCAGUACAGCCUCAGCAUCAUGGACUUCAAACCUACGCCGAGCAUCAAUCUAACCAUAACUGGAUUUAGAUCGGCAAAAUCUGAUGCCUAUUCUGUUGGUCGAUACAUGUUCGUGGACAUGGACGACAUGGAUAUGGAGGUUGAUGCUAUUUCACUCGAAAAAUCGGUUGAGCUAAUUGAUAUGGCCACAACAGCAGAGGUGAUUUGCGGUAUGCUGAAUUCCAACAAAGGUGGAACUAUUCAUUUUGGACUUACCAGUUCUGGUCGCAUAGACGGCCUUCUUGUCAACCAUGAGCGACGAGAUGGAUUACGUGGUGGGGUCGAUAAUCUCUUUUUAAACCAACUCUCGCCUUUACUUCCAACUUCUUUAGUCAACAUAGUUUUUAUUCCUGUUAGAGAAGAGAACAUGAAAACGAUUAGUCCCAAUCAUUCGCUCUAUGUGGUUAGAAUCGUGGUGCCAGCUCGUAUGAACACGCUCUACCAUCUGAAAAAUCGGGAUAUCUCAUUCGUACGCCGUCCCGAGGGAAAUGUUCAACUAAGCCUCAAAGAUGUUCGACAAUUAGCUGUCGAAUUGAGUGAAAAAAAAUUCGUGUCCACUUCCUAACUUUAAAAAUCUUUUGUACAUCGCACAAGGAUUCAAUUUUUUAUUUCAUGAUUUGAGAAUAAAUUUACUUUCCUAUCAU